AUGGCGGAGGGUGGCCUGGAAGAGAAGAAUCCGAAGAGGCUUGCAGGGGCUGACAGAGCUGACCGGCCCGGGGAUGGGCAGGUGGAGAACCGGCACGUGGAAGUCAUGGUGCAGGUCAUUCACAAAAGGAAUCACAUGAACUUUGCUGAAAGUAUCUGGAGAGAGUUUUUAGAUCCUUACAAUGGCGAUUCAGAAGAUAUCCUCUGUCGUUCCAGCUUCAGUUUCAACACCUGCCCUCUGGGUGAUAUGAACUGUAACGUGGCUUCCUAUGCACUGAAGUGGAAGAGUCCAGAAGAAGUGAAUUUAGAAGACUAUUUCUCAUUGAAAACUCCAGACCCCAUCAAGAGAGCCACUGGCUGGGACCCCACCCCCCUGGAGGCCAGCGACGUGGACAUGCAGCCCGAGGACUCAAGAAUCACGGAGGAGGACUGGGAGCCCAGGGCAGCCAAACACCUCCUCACGACCGGGGAGCCCUCUGAGAAUGGCAGACACAUGCUGAACAGAGCCAGGGGGACACGGCCGCCACCCAGGCUCGGGAGCGAGAGAGACAAGGGGCCCAAACUCUCACUCUCCAAGAGAAAACUGGAACUUCUACUUGUGGAGCCUGAAAAAAAUAAAAGGAAGAGGCAGUAUGUGGCCUAA